GUGAGUCAGGCGUAAAACAAGUUUUCUUUGUCUAUGGUCAGAAGCAAAUGUCAGAAUUUAAAAAUUGAUCGUUGGUCAAAGUUUGUUUUAUUGAAUUGUUUAUUUUUCUGUUUCAGCUUAGUUUUUCGCAGGAUAAUUUGUGGAAGAUGGAUGCCAUGCAAGAGAAACUGAAGGUGUUGAGAGACGAGCGAGCUGCGAGGGAGAAAGCACGACUGGAGAAGCUGAGGCAGCUGAAUUUACAAAAAUAUAAAAAGGAGGAGCUUCCUAUACAAAAAUCUAAACCAGCUCCAGCUAUUCUAAGAAAAACUAACUCAAUACCAAUAGCAACUAAAAGCACAGUUCAGCACACUAAUUUAAUCCCAUUAAGGAAAUCAAUGGCACCUUCAAAAGUGUCCGAACUUGCCAGAGAGAACAAAACAACAGCACCAAAAAAGGAAGAAAAUCCAAAGAAAACAAUACCAGCCAUUAUUAGAAAAACAAAUUCUAUUCCAUUGCCAACAAAGGCCACAGUUGCGCCCCAGAGCAAUGCUCAACGUAAAUCUAUGGCUCCAAUCAAAGUGGCUGAAAAUGCGAGAGAAAAAGCUAUUGCAUCCAAAAAAGUGGAAAUUCAUACUAAAAUUCAAUUGAACCCUACCAUACCGAAAAAGACGAGUUCCAUUCCACUGUCAAGAAAAAGUAUCAUUCCUCAUAGCAACGCCAUUCCACUAAGGAAGUCUAUGGCACCAGCUAAAGUUACUGAAAAUGCGAUUAGACAAAGAAAAUCUAUGGCACCAGUUCCACAAAAAACAACAACAGAAAGCAGUCAUUCAGAAUCCGUAUUUGACCGCCUGUACAAGCCUAAAAUGGCUGUUGAAAAGCCACAUUCGGACCAGAUCCAAAAACUUCAAUCUGACAGCAAAUUCAGAGACAAGAUCGUUCGCAAUGCUGGACUGAUUUCCAACAAACGCCACACAGUAUUUGAGCCAAAAUCAACUGUAACACUACCGGUCAGAAGGUCCAUUUCUGCCGUACACUUCAAGCGCAUAUCUAAGAAUGAGCUCCCUAACUGUAUGCACAAGUGGUCGUCAAGUGAGAACCUGAGCAAAGUCCACUUGAAGGAUAUUGACGAAGACAUAGCGGUCAACCAGGAUAAAGUGGUAUCAGCGGUGAAGAGCGAACGAAAGAAGGUUAAAUUCCAAAAACCUGUCUACAUGAACUUCAACACACCAACACCAGACGAACUACAGUCACGUCUAAAAAGCUGGCUUCAGAAGCGAGGGAAAUCCAUAGAUUCGUACCACCAUUUACAGUGCUUUGGUCUGCACCAUCUGACACAAUCCGCUAAGGACUUCAAGGCUUAUGACGAUGAGAAUAAGGAGAAUAUAGCUGUGGAAUCUGACAGUGACAAUGAUUCGUUCUGCGAUGCGAUGAACAACAAGACGGAUGAUAAUAAGUGGAGACGAGCAAGCUAUGUCAGUACUGCAGAGUUUGAUGAGACAAAAGACACAUUAGAUUCAGAAGAGGUGGUAUCUGAAGAGAUUGGGCAAGACGAAGAUCAGCUGCUGGUUGGUGCCCUGAAUGACCUUGCGGAGUUGUUGAAGGAGGGUUUCGACUGGGAGCAGUGCGCGCGCUGGCUCCGGGCGAUCCGGGUUCGGUUCCCGGCCGCGGCGGAGCUGGGCGCGUACUGGGAGUGCCGCGCCGCUCUGGAGGAGCGAAGGGGGAACCUGCCAGAUUCACUGCACUGUUGGGAGGAAGCUAUUGUUAAUGGGACUGAGCGUUCAGUAGUGGAAGCGAACCUAGACCAGCUCCUAGACAAGUUCAUGCAGCUGAAGAUCAGCCCGCACAGCGCGAAGAAGCAGCGGCCGGUCAACCCGAGGCUGAUAGAUGUGAAGAAUGUCUUCAAAAGCACCAUUAUUAGGUUUGCCGUGCAGCAGGCUAAGAUUCGCCAAUCCGUCCAGCCGGACCCCUCCUACACAGUGACUCCGGUGCGGCGCUCCAACCGCUUGUCCACCAACAAAACGCCCGGUCAAACGCCGCGGUCCGCGCGCCAACCGCUCGUCCAGAUCUGCGCGUCUCUGAGCCACAUCGACCCGAGUUUGGCGGGGAAAACCACGUUUGUACCCAAUGGUACGAUACUGAACACGCCUUAGGGGUUUAGGAGCAUAGACAUAUAUGAGACGAGAUGCCA